AAUGCAAAUAUAUUAAUCAAAGAUACACUUUGCAAUAUAUAAUUGCUAUCCAUGUUGGAUAGUAAAUCCAGGCUAUUGAUAAAAUUCCAUAUCAUUCUUGGAGAUCUGUUGUAGGAACAGACUUUGAAUGUGUGUUCUUGAAAACAUAUAAGUCACGACCCCAUUGGUCAUUUGGACCCCUUGGUUUAACUGCCGUUGGGUAGAUAUGUCUGUCAUUAGCCCUGAACUGCCUGACUUGACGUUCAAUAAACCCUUGCCGAGGAUACUAAAGUUUGUUUCAUAGCUACAUUCGUUUAUCAUUUCUAAACAACAGGCAAUGGGAAGUUAAUGGGAAAUUCUGAAGUUCCCGGACCUGACGUUUAUUUAUCGAGUGAAACAGAUGUUAUUGUUUUUUUCCUGUGGAAAUGGGCUCGACAAACUCCACCCUGUCAAAAAUUCCAAACGUCGAAGAAUUAAUGCAAGAAACGGGUUUCACCCCUGCACACAUUGUUCGACUUUAUGACCGUUUCGAAGCAUUGGACAAGGAGAAGACCGGUCAUCUCCGCCCACAGGAUUUUGGAGCCAUUAAUAGGUUGGCGAUGAACCCCAUUGGGGAUCGGAUCAUUGGGGCUUUCUUCUCUCCAGGACAGGAAACGGUGGACUUCCACUCCUUUGUGAGGAUCCUGGCCCACUUCCGGCCUGCGGACAAAAAACAUCCCAAAGAUCCCAGUAUGCCUGAACCUGUCAACAGUAGGACCAGUAAACUCAAGUUUGCUUUCCAACUGUAUGACCAGGACAAGGAUGGCAAAAUCUCCAGAGCAGAGCUUCUACAGGUGCUGCGGUCCAUGCUGGAGAUGCAGGUGACGGAGGAGCAGCUCGAGAGCAUCGCCGACCGCACCAUCCAGGAGGCUGACCUGGACAAGGACGAUGCCAUCUCUUUUGAGGAGUUCCGCAAGUCCCUGGAGAAGGUAAACAUUGACCACAAGAUGAGCAUUCGCUUCCUGCGCUAGCUGGUUGCACUGGGUCAAGUGACCGUUCCCAGAGAUGUAGGCCACUUUGUGUCUACUCAUCCCUCCGUGGUAAAAACAAGGCUUCUGCAGGGAAAUAUGACGACAUUACUGAUUCUUUUAACUGGACGAUUAACACUAAAUACAUUAAAUGACUGACGAAUAUGCUGUGACUUCAUAUGUUUACUGUAUACUGGCGUAUGGGGAUCAUGUUCCAACGUAUAACUGCAUAGGACUAAUGUAUAAUGACGUAGUAACUGCUUUUAUAUAAUACAGUCAAAUGUAAUUUAAUAUUUUUUUUGUAGUUGUCGCAGAACCUACAUUUUCAAUUGGGUUCGUUUUUACAAGGGCAAACAAGCUUUUAUGAAGGGAAGCCGAUACUUGAAGUUCACUUUUCCUUGUAAGUAAGACUUGACUGCAAUAAGUCUCUAGAUGUAGCAGCCGUUGUCUAAUUACACGGAACAUGAGAACUAUGAAAGUGAUACAAUAUUUCUACAAAUAAAUAUUUGUGUAAAUGAUAUCAUUCAUUUAUUGAGUUGCUCAUGGGGAGAAAAGCCCAUGAAAGCUCAAGCUUGGCUAUAAUUGUGAUUCAAUAGAUUUGAUUUAGAGAGAAUGACAGUACAACAAAUCGAACGUCUACAUUUUGAGCCAGAGUAAAGAAAGGGUGUGUUUUGUGACUUACUGGAUAGCAUUGAACUAAUGUGUGCCAAAUGUAUUUCUCAAAUCUAUGCUUUUUUUUUGUCAGAAACAUGGAAUCUUAAUUAAAUAACCCUGUUGGUA